AUGGUCUCAGGACUACUGGCAACACCGCCCGAGGAUUUUGCCUCUGAUACGCACAACAAAAGAAACACUACUCUCGGCAGCCAUCACAACAAGACGACGCCCAGCAAGAUUGCCCACCGACACGCUAGGCAGCGCGAGGCACUGACCAAACCUAUUCUCAAGCGCGAGCCAGCCCGGGCCAACUCCAGCAUGGAUGGCCGCCACAAGCGUGUCUGGAAGGCGUGCGAGAGAUGUCGUAUGAAGAAGACGAAAUGCGACGGCGAAUUCCCCUGCAAGAGAUGUAAGGACGACGGUCUCAUUUGCACGGCUGGCAUCCGCAAAAAGACCGAGUACAAGCAACUGCCAAAGGGCUACGCCGAAGUCCUCGAGCAUACGCAGUUUGCGCUUGUGCAGACGGUUCAUAAACUUUAUCAGAUGGUCCGUGAAGGCCAGACCUGGACGCUCGACGAGCCUACUCUCAACGACCGCAGUCUACCCGUCAUCCACGACAUUGCAGACAAGCUUGGCUGCAUCCGACCGCACUCCGACAUCGACAUCCCGAUCAGCCACAUUUUCCCCGAAGACGAACGCGGCUUGACGGAGCUGCAAGCCAAGCUCGAGGAGGCCGAGGCAGAGAGCGCGAACCGCGACCUCCAAGUGAGCAGAAACAGCAGCGCCAGCAAUGCGGCAGCGCCACAACCCAUCCCGCUGCAGCAUCAGCAAUCCUCGAGGUCGUCGGGCAGUCAUCAACAUGAGGGUGCGAUUUCGUCUCCCUCCGCGGCAGGCAUUUCCUCGGGCCCUGGAUCCGUGUCGGACACGUCUGACCUGGACAUGGACUACCGCGCCACAGCGUUUGGAGGCAGCGGCGGUAACUUUGUCGACUCUCCCCCCAGCUACGCGACGUCGCACCAUGAAUUUAAUCCCCGAGUGCUACCACAGCCGCCUCGCAUCAACUCAGCACCGAGCUUCCUCCCGGCGGGCCAGCAACAGCAGCUUAAGGGCCGCGUAAGCUACAGCGGGCCGCAGAUGAUGAGUGGCCAAGUGAGCACGGCACCUACUGGCCCCCAGCAACACCCGUCCAUUAAGCAGGAGCCACAGCAGCGGCAGCAGCAGUUCGAUGCCACCAUGAACGACUACACGCAGCAUCAGAGCAACAUGGCGUUCCUCGCUAGUGAGGGGAGUAAUGACGAGGGGUUCCUGAUUAACACUAACAUGGUCGGCCCCGCAUUCUUCGACGACGGACUGCAGGUGAUGGGCGAUGGCACUAUGGGUGACCCCAUGUUGUGGAAUGGGGUUCUGGGCUCAUCAGAAUUUGAUGAUCCGCUAAUCUAA